CUCUCUCUCUCUCUACUUGGAUUUGGAUUCUGGGUUUCUGUUUCUUCUGCGUUUUAAUCGACUGAAGCUUGGGAUUGUCCUCGAGCUUGAAGAAGACGAAGAAGAUGAGUGUUUGCUGCAUGUGCGGUGACGUGGGUUUUCCUGACAAGCUCUUCCGCUGCAACAAAUGCCGCAACCGCUUUCAACACUCGUAUUGCAGCAACUACUAUAGUGAAUACGCGGAACCGAUUGAGCUAUGCGAUUGGUGCCGAAGUGAAGAGACGAGCACGACUAGGCACGGCGGAGGUAGCUCUUCUAAGAAAUCGGCAGCUUCUGCGAGCCGGUCGGAGUAUUCUGGGGACAAGAUCAAGCAACACGAUCAUCAUACACCCCGUGAUCAAGAGAUGGGUGGUAGCGGAGAGAAGGCGGCCGCAGGGAAGAACCACAGCAGCCCUGUGCCGUCUCCGAGAACCGCUACACGAAGGUAUAAGCUUCUGAAGGAUGUAAUGUGUUGAUUAGAGGGCGGGCUUGUGUUUUACAGAACAAAUGUUAGUUGCUAUAUAUAUAAGUACGUACGUACGGACUUGCCUGAUAGUAGCUAGCUAAGCUUGUUUAGUUUCCAUGGAGAGUGGUUUGAUCUUUGAGUUCUUCUCUUUCACUGGCUAUGUUUUUCUAGUACGCUGUUAAUAAAAUAAGGUACCUUCUGUUGGGA